CCACAUAUAGAAUCAUGUUGCCAACGACAAGUACAACCACAAUUACCUCAGAUCCGGGCAUUCUCUGUUUUCAUCACUGCAACGUGAAAGUUUUCUGCUUCACUUUGCCGCACACUUGUCCCCAUUGCACUGCGCCAAUGUACGCGGAUGCGGAUGCGGAUACUGACACGGAUGCGAAUGCGAAUACGAAUGCGGAUCCAAAUGCGGAACUAGACAAAGCCGUCGGACCACGCCUCCUGCCCUUCCGCCUGCCAUAUCCUUUUGUGCGCGCCACCCAACAUCCGUGCGCCAUUGUCCUGCGUCCCUCCACCGGCGAUUUUCUCAACGAUUACAACAACGCCACCGAUUUGCAUAUCGCAGUGACCACAUCCGGCGGCGACAUCGUGGAGUUCGAUCGCAUUGGAUUGCGCCGUCACCGGAGGGACGAUAAUCCGGCGGAGUGGAGGCAGUCCCUGCUUGUUGGGGAUGUGCCGGAGCCGUGGCAUGACUUCUGGGACGAGGUGCUGCAGCAGAUUUGCGCCCAAUCGGUGAGAUGGUCCAUCGCCAGCUACGAGGAGGAGACCCACAACUGCUACGCCUUUGUCCUGGCCUUCCUGCAGGCCCUCGGGCACGCCCCCUUAAGCGAGGCGGCCCGCAGCAAGACCGCCUUCUGUGAACAGUGCAUCGUUCCAAGAACAACAACGGCCGGCAAGUACAUUUCGCUGUACCGCAAACUCCGUCGAUCCGGGGUCUACGUCCAUCGCCAGCAUCCCAAGAGCCGGGCAAAGCCGAUCCGAAGGCCCACAUCCUCCUCUGGAUCCUUGGGCUCGACAAAUUCCUAUUCCUCGGAUGUUGCAUCCAAGGGUUACUCUGGCGGCGGUGUGGCAGGCCUCGGUGUUCGGACACGGCCCACCCUCUGCACCAUCGAGGAGUAAUUAAUGCAAAGGUCCUGUGCACCAGCAGGAUUCAUGGUAUUAUGUGCAUAUUGCCAUUGUAUGAAAGGGUAUUCAUGCAACUUUGGCUUGAAUUAUUUUCCUAAAGCAUCAAGCUCCAUAUGAUCUUAAAUUUAAAGUACGUGAUGU